GGCUCCGACAUACAUCAGUUACUAAACAUUCUUCCAAGUGAAAGGCUUAAAUUAUUUUGAGAUUUUCCGAGCUACAAUACAAAAACCUUAAUCAGACCGCAGCUGGAAAGGUAUCUAACAAAAUAGAAACGAUGCUUUCGAUGAUAAUGUCGGGGGCUCGUCGCCCGGGUCUGACUGUCUGGAAGGGCACUACUCGCACUGGCAGCAAUAAAUUCUUUAAAAAGGGCUUAAAGCCCAAUGAGGAACCAGAGCCGGAGUCUUUGAAAAAGCAGAAACACACAGAAAAUACACAUUACCCAUCAUCGGGUGUGAAAAAGACAGCCGCUACAGCGCCCAGCUUUUCCGACCAGCGGGCCAAGUGGACCAAAUAUUCAGCCGAAAUGCAGCUGAAGGCAAAGCUGGCAGCCCAGGGCGUUGUGAAGCCGGCCAAUCCGAAUCCCCCAGUAGUCGUUGGCCAGAACAAGAAGCCGACUGACGGACAAUCCAACUGGCAGCAGUCGAUGCCAAGCAAGGGCAAUGCGGUGGGCGAUGCGGGGCUCGGCUCCUCAGCCGAGGAACAGCGCAAAUCCUGGAUGAAUCGCAUGCACGGCUCACAGAAGAAUCAGGCGCAGCUCCUCAAGGACUUGAGUGCCAAGCAGCAGGCGGGUCGUGAUCUGCAAAUGAAAAAGAAACAGGAGAUCAACAAAAUGGAGUCCGAGUUCAAGGCAGUGGGACCCAAUCAGUCGGCCGCCGUCGCCGAGGCCGAAGAACUGGACGAGAAGUCGCCCGAGCGUUUGGCCUACCUGGAGGCCGUACGCCAGCUGAACAUUUAUCAGGCCUUCGAGCCGGUGACCGGUCGCAUGCGAUCCAAGGUGAGCAAGUUUCAGGUGGAUCCGGUCAUAGAGCACACCCUGGCGCUGCUGAGCAAGGUGGGUGUAUCCAAGGAGCAGUUGGAGAGCAUUCCAGUCAUUCAGGUAGCCGGGUCCAAGGGCAAGGGCACCACCUGUGUCAUUGUGCACAACAUCCUGAUGGCGCAUGGCAUCAAGACCGGCCUACUGUGCGCCCCGCACCUCUUUUAUUCGCGCGAGCGGAUCCGCAUCAAUGGCGAGCCACUGACUGAGGUGCAGUUCACGGAGCUAACCGGCAAGUUCUAUCCGAAGCUAGCUGAAAUGGAUCCCACGCCGGCUCACAGCCAAAUCCUGACGGCCAUGGCCUGUCUGGCGUUCCGCGAGGCCAAUGUGGAUGUUGCCAUUGUGGAGGUGGGCCUGGGCGGCGCCAGCGAUUGCACCAACGUCACGCUGCAUGCCAAGACCAUCGGCAUCAGCACUCUGGGCUGGGAGCAGGGCUCCAAUCUGAGCGAGUCCAUGCGCGACAUUGCCUGGGCCAAGGGCGAAAUCAUGAAGCCCUCGGCCACCAUCUUCACAAAUGUCAGCCAACCGGAGUGCCGCGAGGUCCUCGCCCAGAAGGCCAAACAGAUGGGCGCCAAGCUGCACUCUGUGCCAACAUUCAACGCGCUGACCGAAGGCAAUCCCAGCCACAAGCGUUUCCUCACCAAGGCCAACCAGUCCGUAAAGUUGAACGCCUCGCUGGGCACCCAGCUGGCCUACGACUACCUCAGACGCCACAAGCCCGAGUUUGCGGUGGGACUGGAGCCCAAGACGACGCAGCUAACCGAGGCGGCCAUGCGCGGCCUUGAGACCUUUGAGUCGGUGGGACACUUCGAUAUCAUCAAGCAUGACAUGUACAAUGUCUACUUGGACAGUGCCGAUUCGAUCGAAUCGAUGAUGGUCUGCCGCGAGUGGUUCUACACCCUCACCCGCGCCCACCGCGCCACCAAGAUCCUGCUGUACAACAAGACCAGCGACUUCAAUGCCAAAGACCUGCUCACCAUUCUCCGCUUCAAUGUGAACUUUGACGAGGCAUUCUUUGUGCCCUGUCCCAAUUUCUUUGAGGGCGAAAUAUUGCCCGAGGAGGAGUGGCGCGGCAUGGAGGAGCUGCAGCGAGCCAAGCGCAAUGCCCGCACCUGGCGCGGCCUGUGCGAGGAGACCGGCAAGAAGGACUCGUCGCAUAUUACCGUCUCCGUCAAUGCGUUCUUUGACCAGGUGCAAAGCAAAUACGGACAGCAGCAGUACGGCAUGAAGCGUGAAGUCGAUGUGCUGGUGACGGGCUCCCGACCCUUGGUGGCAGCUACCAUUACGCUGCUCAACAAAAUGCGUGGCCUCCACUGAAACCGGGAAAGAUGUCGUUUAUAUUUUAUGCAUUUAUCGAAUAUUAAAUAUAUAUUUUGGUAUAUCCC